CCUGCGCGGCGCCGCUCCCGGAAGAGGAGCUCCCGGCGGCGGCGGCGGCGCCACCAUGUCGACCGCCAUGAACUUCAGCACCAAGAGCUUCCAGGCGCGGCCGCCGGACAAGGGCGCCUUCCCGCUCGACCACCUGGGCGAGUGCGGCGGCGCCCACGAGGCCUUCAUGCGCUGCCUGCGCCAGGCCGGCUUCCAGAGCGCGCCGUGCCGCGCCCAGGCCAAGGCCUACCUGCAGUGCCGCAUGGACAGGCAACUUAUGGCUAAAGAACCACUGGAAAAACUGGGAUUUAAAGACCUAAUAGAUGAGAAACCAGAAGGGGAGCAUCAGAAGUUAAAGUGAAGACAAAAGACAACUCUCGCCUCCUCUUACGGAAAUUAUAACUAUUGUAGUACAUAUUGUACAUUUACGAAAUACUCUCUGAAGCAAAGAAAAAAACUCUGAAACUUUCCACUCUAAAGUAAGAUUUGUGAAAGAAGCAAAUUGUUAUCGUUAUCUCCUUUCGUUAACUUUCUCAAGAAACAUGUGACUAAUUGACUGAUAUCAUCUUAAAGAGCCAUAAGAAUGAAUUUGCAUUUGGGAAAACAAUUGCCACUUAAGUAUUUGUCCUUUCUCAGUUAAAGAGGAGUAAAUCUUUGGAAUAAUAAUAAUAGCUCCCCUGUGCACACAAGGUGAGGUCUAUUUUCUGGGAUAAUUGUGUUACAAGAUUAAAAAAUGAGAAGUCUGUAUUUCCAUAGAUUACAAAUGCAUUUGUUCUUCCCUUCCUUAGCUCUCUGUAACUGAACAGUAAGACAUGAACAAUAAAAUUAACGUUAUUGUUUAAAACUCACAA